CUCUGCAUGAUACAUUACUACCCGCUUUUGAGUACGAACGCACCGGUACAUACCACUCGUGAGGUCGAAGUUAUUUCUCUAUCGAAAGUUUGUCCCUUUCAUGAUUGUAGUACGCGACCACUCUCUAGCAACUCAAUGACACCCUGAAUCCGAGGAUUCAAAGCAUAUCACGAGACCUGGAGCUAUGACAAAGGCUCCAGCGGCACUGGGCGCGAUUCUGUGUGUGGCGCUGAGACUCGGAAUACUGGCAACACUCGGGGAGAGGGCAGUCGGAUUCCCGAUGGCGGCGUUUCUGCCGCGGGCUUGCAGGCAUGGCUUCGGUGGGAGACAAGCAUCGUUUUACCGGGCCGGCACCGUUGCCGCAAGGAUGGCCUCCAACACAACGGACGUCGGGGCCGGGGUGGUCGGGGGUGGCGAGAUUCUCGCUUCCAAAAGGCCCGGCUCUCUGCCCGCCGAUCUGGCGACGUGGUUCGACGUCUCGCUCCCGGAGGGACGGUGCAUCGGGGUGAAAACAGCGAACGAGACGGCGUGCUUUCCCCAGAGCCCCCCCGGCACGGAGCUCGAACCCGAUCACUGGAUUCGUUCGUUCUUUCACAGCGACGAGAUCGAGUUUGGCAUGACGCUGAAACAGACCCGAAAUUCGUUCUGGCUGGGCCGACUGGCCAUGCGCAUGGCGCUCGGCUACCCCGGCUAUCCGAUCGUGAGGGACUACUACGGGCGUCCCCGGCUGCGGGAGGGCGCCUUUGGGUCGAUCAGCCACAAAAAGGGCAGGGGGGUGGCCCUCGCAUCGCAUUCGGUGGCAGACCCGGGCCUUCCCGGAGCGAUCUUUUCGGGGGUCGGCGUCGACCUGGAGAUGACCUCCCGGCCGGGGAGGCCGAGCCUCGCCAAGCGCGUCCUGACGGCGAGCGAGCGAGAGUCGCUGGGGGGCAUCCCCGGCAUUGCGGCCGACGAAGAGGUCCUGCUGCGCUUCAGCCUGAAGGAGGCCAUCUACAAGGCCGCCCAUCCCCUGCUCUGCCAGUACGUGGGCUUCCAGGAGGCCGAGGUGACGCCCCUUCCGGACGGAACCGCCUCGUGCUCGUGGCUGCUGGAGAGCGGGGCGGACGAUCGGAUCGCGGGGCUGACCGCGCACUGGAGAACCAUCGACGACGGAGCCUAUUUCCUGACGAGCGCGAGCGUCUUUGCGAGGCCCGAUUUCGAGGGCUGCCCGCUGGCGGACGAGUGAUCGAAUCGAAUCGGAUUGCAUCGUACCGAAUCGGUCGGAAAAUCCGCACGGGCCGAAACCGCCCCGCUGCAUGGAGUUUCGAUCGGGGCUCGUUGCCUGGGGCUAGCUGGUGCAGCUGCAUUUCAAACACAGGAUUCGAAAACUUUUCCGUCUUGGAUGGAUGGUCUUCUUCUGAGACUUCAACUUGCCAAGAAACAAUAUAACAAACGCUACGGCCUGCGUCCGCAAGCGCAAAUCCCUACUGAAUAAGAUCUAGGACUUUUU